CUUUUGUUAUCGCUUGAAGAUGUGUUUUUUGUUUUAUUGUGUUGAUUUGCUGUUUGUCCAGCCUGACCCACCAACGCUUGUCUAAUAGACAUGCCCCCAAGUUCCACUUGUAAUUCUAUACAAGCUGCAAACUUUCCCACCUUGGCGGAAGCUGAGUCCUCCAUGAUCACAUUCCUCCACAGCAGCAACGUCUGGUGCUGCUUGUGUUCCCUUUGAUUGCUGCGCUGCUCACUCUGAAUAUGAGCAUUAUGCAUCCGCAUCCGCUCAACCUGGACCUGCUCGGAAGUGAAGGUGUCGAAUACUUCCCUGGCAGCUACCCAUACGACCAAGGUCCUCCACACUGGGAGGAUCAGAGCGACUUGUCUUGCAUCAACCCUUUGCUGCCAUCUCUUCAGCAUGAGUUUCCCUACUCAAACCUCCAUGCUCGCCAAAACAUCCAUACCCAACAUUGCUUCUCUGCGUACGACCCUACUGACCAUGGCUUCGGCCAUGAUAGCCGGUACGAUGGACGAAGCGUGCCAUGUCAACUCGAAGCAUUGGAUCCUUGGGAUCGAGAUGUUACACAAUAUCGACAGCUUCGAUAUCUGUCGCCAAGUGAUCCCUCGGCAUUCAGCUUGCCAAGUACUACAUCCUCUGUCAGUGAAUACGCCCUUAGCCCAGAUAUCACCAGAAGCGCCCAAGACUUUUACUUUGUUCAAAACAGUCCGCCAUCCUCGGCCGCGUACAUGAGCUUGCCGAUCGUCUCACACCACCCCUGGACCACACAGUCUACAGUCAUGCAGGCUCCUAUUGCGACGACGCCAACCAGACACGCCGCAUUGAGCAUGCGGGAUUUCCAGAUGACUCCAGAUCCCGAAUCUGACGAAGACUUUGUCGAUGACUCGGCAGACGCUCUCCAUGCCAAGAUCCACCUCCCGGAGGAGCUGGAGAUAUCCGAACAACUGGCAAGCCCACCUGAGUCGGCACUCGACCAUGACUACGAUACCCUUCAAGAGGCUGAAGAGAUCUCCGCCGUCAUGCAGAGCGACAGUGACUCUGACUUCUGUCCUGCGGGAGGACCAGGCCGGCGAAACCCUGCAGUCUCACGGCACUCGCUCCGCGCACCGCGCCAGCAGGCCCCCAAAGGCAUCAUCGAUCCCAACUCACGAGUGCAUAAAUCAUCGUCGGCUUCGCACAACCACACCGGUGUAGUGUCGAGCUCGCGGUCAAAGUCCAAAAGAGUCGCGACAAACAAGAAAAAGGAGCAAGGCUCCAAGAUGUUCCCUUGCACGUUCCAUCACUAUGGCUGCAUCGCCACGUUUGCCAGCAAAAAUGAGUGGAAGCGCCAUGUGGCGUCGCAGCAUCUUCAGCUCGGAUUCUUCCGCUGUGACAUGGGAUCGUGCUCGCAGGACGAUGUGCGCGGUCAACAACGGGGUUGCAAUGACUUCAACCGCAAAGACCUAUUCACACAGCAUUGCCGACGGAUGCACGCGCCUUGGGUGGACCAGAGGAAGAAUGAGAAGGACGUGACCAAGAAAGAAAAGGAAUCCUUUGAGAAACAGUUGGACAAUAUAAGGGCGCGAUGUUGGGUAGAUAGCAGGGAAGCCCCAGCCAGGAGUCAGUGCGGGUUCUGUCGAAAGGAGUUCGUCGAUGGGGCAGACACUGGCUCGGUGAGUGCAUGGGACCAGCGUAUGGAACAUGUUGGCCGGCACUUUGAACGGGAAGGGUUCACGGCUGACCGUGAGACCGUGGACGAGGGGUUGCGGCAGUGGGCUUUGGCCCAUGAUGUCGUGAGAGCUGGGAGGAGGAAGGGCGAGUACGUGCUUACCAGCUUGCCACCCGAAAGGCCCAGGGAGAGGACGCCGACUGGAAGGAGGAGGAGCGGAAGGGUUGCCAACGCCGUGAAGAAGGAGGAGCAGGACUCGGAUGACGAGGAGAGUAUUGAGGUCAGGCAUGCCGCCGUGCCUCUUCAAAAACUUGAGAACGACAGCGAUGUCGACGCUGGGCGCAAUGUCAAAAGUGAAGAGGACGAAGACUCUGACGAAGACAUCGAUGCUGAUGCUGAGGCCGAGGACGAUUGAACGACACACUGACCGGCCUAUGGACAUCUCUAUAUUUCCAUCGCGUAUACCUGGGUCAUUGCUUUUGAGGAGUCAUGUGUACUUACUGACCUUGUGUUUUCAACAUCAUGAGAAUGGAGGGACAAAAUGGAGAUGGAUAUGCACUUGGAGACUGGAGUGAAGGAGCGUCUGGACGUAAUGAGAUACCAUUGUCUACCAUGGUAUCGGGAUAUAAUGAUACCCAUUUCAUAGUUUUGAGUUGCUAAAAGGAAAAUUGAAC